AACGUUUUAUUAUGGCUGCACCCACAAAUUCAGAAAAGAAUCCAGAGCUGAAGCCACCGCCUGGAUUGAAGUCUCUCAUUGAUCACCUGAUAUCUGUGUAUCCGGAUCAGCCGAACCCCUUGCAGGUGACGACACUGCUGAAAUACUGGCUAGGUGGCUCCGAUCCGCUCGACUAUAUAAGCAUGUACAGCAACAGGGGCCAGGGCGAGGGCGAAUCAGAGAGAAUACCCCCGCACUGGCAUUAUGUUAGCUUCGGGCUCAGCGACUUGCACGGCGAUCAGCGCGUCCAUCUCAAAGAGGAGCACACCACCCGUUCGGGCAUGGGUUUUGAGCUGACUUUUCGACUGGCUAAGACUGACGCGGAGCUACGCCAGCAACAGGAAUGCCCAGAAAAACCGCUCAGGCCACCCACCUGGCCUGCAAAUCUGCUGCAAUCUAUUGCGCGCUACUGUUUCCAAACUGGCAACGGUCUGUGCUUCGGCGACAACAUCCCUUGGCGCAAGGGUUUGGACGGCAGCGCCAAUUCGCGCAUGCAAAGCCUGCUGGUGGCACAGGAUCCACAACUGGGUUCAAUUGACACGCCCUUUGGCACUGUGGACUUUUGUCAGAUAGUCGGCGUAACCGAGGAGGAACUGGAACAGGCUUCACGCUGGAACGGUCGUGGCGUCUUGAAUUUUUUGUCUAAAGACGUGCAGACAGGCGGCGAUUGGCUGGUUACCAAUAUGCAGCGAACAAUGAGCGUAUUCGAAUUGUUUCCCGAGACAUUGCUUAAUCUGCAAGACGACCUAGAGAAACAGGGCUCCGACCUGGCUGGCGUCAAUGCAGAGUUUACGUUUCGUGAGCUCAAGCCAACCACAACUAUUAAAGAGGAGGUGGACUUUCGGUGCCUGAACGAGCGCUGCGCCAGUGAGGAGAAUAAUCGGCAGUUGACUGAAUCACAAAUGAAGCGCGAGGAACCCAGUUUUCCACAGUCCAUGUCGAUGAGCAGCAACUCGUUGCAUAAAUCAUGCCCGCUGGACUAUCAGCCACAGGCGCCCGAUUGCAUAUCGCUGGAUGGCAUUGAAAUAACGCUGGCACCCUAUGCGGCCAAGUACUUGCUGCUGGCCAUAAAGGAUCGCAUACGUCAUGGCCGGCAUUUCACAUUUAAAGCACAGCAUCUGGCCUUGACCCUGGUCGCAGAAACUGUAACGGGAGCCGCCGUCACCGUUAGCGAGCCCUUUGGCGUACUUGGCUAUUGGAUACAGGUGCUCAUACCAAAUGAUCUGGUGCCACGCAUGAUGGAGGCAUUUCGCAAUGCACAACUGGAUGGCAAAACGGAACCCACACAGCGUCUGGAAUUCGAUUGGCCUGAUAAGCACUUUAAGCUAAUUGUAGAUCAGCCGCCCUGCGCGCUGCCCACGGCCAUGUCCAUUGAGGCGGCGCCUGUGAAUUGAAGAACGACUGUUUAAAAAGCUCAAUUCUUAGUAUUAUACUUAUAACUAAAAUGAAUCUUCCACUAACACGUAAGUUUGAAAUUUUACUUUUAAAUCGAAUAUAUUUAUAUUAUAGCAUAUUAUAUGGUAGACACGUUUGUGCGAAAUACAUAAAACUCAAAACCACUUUGCGUAUUCGCAUUGUGUGUGGAUUUUUUCAAAGGAAGACGCCACAAAUGCUUCAAUCGGACUCAUCUUAUUGAGUUGAAAUGUCUGCUAAUGCUGGGGGGACUACUUUGAUGUGUGGCUGCCACAACGGAUAUGGUCAAUUUAUAAUAUACAAAAAAAAUAACAUGUCUCAGUGUUGUCCGUGGACAAUAAACUUCAGUUUCUAAUUCUGGGAAUUGAAAUUAAUUGAACCUUUUUGGCCGCAAAAAAUCGCCACAAUUUAUUGAUAUGUUAGGAACACCAAUUGAUCAUGUGAUUUGACUAAAAAUAACGAAUGCAUCCCAGUUCAUAGAGUAGGGAAUAUUUCGUCUGAUUGGAAUGCGUUUGUCUGCUUUGGCAAUGUUUUGUUUUCGCGCGGCCGUUGCCAACGUUACCGCAAAAGCCGAAGCAACCGUCGAUUGUUUUUUGUUUACUACAGAGAAUGCUCGCAAUCUCACGGUGUCUGUGUGUGCUGUGUGUGUUGUGCGUGUGUGUGUGCUUGGUCCGCCGUCUCCGAUUAGGCGCCUCGUGAGUAAGUGACAAAUUUUUGCGAAAAAAAAAAAAAAAA